CAAGUCGAUUAAAUAUCUAAUUCUACAUCUGCUACUGUUACUUUUCUUCACAUUGGACAAGCUAGUUCAGAAGUUUGUAGAGUAUCUUCAUGCGGUUGCAGCUGAUGAGACAGACACCAAGCUACUGCACCUACAUGCAUAUGAGAACUAUAGAAAACCGGGAA